AUGGAUCCUCCUCAACUAGUUGAAGGAUCUGGAGAGCGGGGAGUUUCGAGAAUUCAUUUUCGAAAUGAGGAAGCUCAAACUCCUGAUGCUGUGGAAGAAGCGCCACGAGUGAGUGCCGCAUAUCAAGUCCCUCAAGCACCAACUUCGACCGCUCAGCAGAUCGUUGACCAAACUACUCCGAAGGUUGAUCCGCAAAAAGAUCCAAUUGGGAUCCAUUCGGAACUAAUUACAGAUGAAAACAAAGAACACUUGAAACAAAUUGUGGAAUUGUUGAUAGACAAAAUCUCAAACGUUGGUUCAGGUAGUUUACCAAAAAGUAACGAUUUGGGACCUGUGUACCAUACUUUGGCUGGAUGCAAUGGUGUAUUACUUCUUCAAUCGGUAGUCAAAACUAAUUUCGAUCGGGAAGUGAUGCGUCUCUCCGAAUGCUUGCUGAAAAUCGAUCUGCGGAAUAUCUUCAACAAAGGUUCAUCUGGAGAAAAUCUAGAGCUGGCUGUAGACUUGGUCAAAAAACUCAUUGCGAGACCAGGCCAGGUUCCUACAGAUGCCGAGGCUUUGAGUGUUGUUGAUGGAUUGAAGACCUCUAAAGGCCGAGCAUUUCUCAGAGAAUCCCUAAAGGUCUCUCGACACAUUGUAAAGAGAGUUUGGUUCGACAUGCUCAUGCUGGCGUGUGAAUUCUUGUGCGCUUCGCGGUUCGUAAUAGAGACAGUUUCGCUCAGAACCUGGGAAUAUACUGUCCCCUUGGUUCAACAACUCGUGAAAGUUUUUGCAUCGGUACAUGGAUUCAAGGCAUUCAAGUUCAUUUUCUUAUUUGACCAGUUUGUUGAAAACAUAGGUCUGUUCCUCGAACACUACCUCAAGUCUAAGGUGCUGUCAGAAUUUAUGUUCUCUGUGGCAAUGGAGUCGAAACUAGAAUCAAGAGAUGCUAUAUUCGACGCAUUAUGGACUAGGCCAGGUUUGUGUUUUGUUCUUGCCUGUACUAAUCGGGAAAAUGUACCCAAGGCUUGGUCAACACGUUUCGAUGGACCCUGUAUUCCAGAAGUUCAGACGCAUGACGUGAUAACUACGAGCGGCAAUUGCCUCAAAACUCAGUAUUUGACAUACGAUCCUCUUAAGGUCAUGCGAUCAUCGCCUCUUUGUCCAGGUUUGCAGAAGCAAUUUUUCAGGGUAGCAAAAAGCGAUGUUGACAUCAACACACUCAGCCAUAUCAAAAAGAUAUACAACAGACUCACUUAUCUUUCUUUUAUGAAAAACUGCCGAGCCCGUGAACUCCCAGCUGCACAUUUGUAUGAAGUUAUGUCAAUCAUCAAAACUCAAGGGGAAUAUCUCAGUGAAAAAUAUACCGAAACUCAAAAUUUCAUCGAGAAAAACUGCAGAGCUCUUGUCUCCAUGAAGAAUGGCAAUAAAGUUACCUUUAAACCUGGAAAAUUCUUCGAACUUGCUAAAAUGUUGGAACAGGGUUACACGGAGUUAGUCAAACAAAAUAUUGCUUCUCUAGUGAAAAAAUUCGCACUUGGCGAUUUUGAUAAAAUAACUCCAGAGGCGCAACAAGAACUUACCCAAUUUAAUUUUGAGACAGAAACGCGUCUCUCAAGGUUUUUAGAGGAAACAAGGUAUAUUGUACAUGUUUUCGAAGGUGGACGUCUCUAUUUCGAAAAGCGAAGAAAUGCAGGGCACGAAACCAGUAUUGGAGACGCGAUUUUCUUGAUGAAUGGUGCUAGCUCUGGUAAGAAUAUCAAGUCCACGGUUGCUUCUGUUCAAAACAAUCUACUGAUAUAUGAGGACAAUAUCCGUCAUUCCACGAGGGAUCUGAAGUUUAGUAGGUAUCUGAACGAAAGGCUCAUAAAUGAAUUUCUCAUGACAUGGUCCGAAGAACUACUCGGAGAAACCUCUCCUCUUUUAGAUUGGGUCGGUGAUGCAGAAAUUGCUCAGCUGAGAACAAUGGUGUUUUCGCCUGGCCAUGUUAAUAUUCCGUUAUCGAGGCCAAUUGACAGAUCGCGUUCAUGA